UUUCAAUUUUAUUUGAGGUGCAAAAAUAUUUCAUAAUUCUAUGAGCUUUGACCAAUUAACGCUUCGACAAAGCCUAGGCCACCUAGCAACCAGAGAUCAGCGAAGGAAGGGGUUUAAACAGUUACAGAGAGAGAGAUGGGUAACCCUAAGCAGAAGUGGACAUCGGAAGAAGAAGAAGCACUCCGUGCAGGCGUUGCAAAGCACGGUACCGGCAAGUGGAAGAACAUCCAGAAAGAUCCCGAAUUCAAUCACCUGCUUUUCUCCCGCUCCAACAUUGAUCUCAAGGACAAAUGGCGCAAUAUGAGUGUUAGUGCCAAUGGCCCCCCUAGGGAAAAAUCACGGACAUCAAAAGCAAAGGCCAAUCCAGAUGCUCCCACUACUCAAUUGUCCAAUGGGCAGAUUGUUGUUUCUGCCACUCCAAUUUCAAAUGUUGCACCAAUGGAUGCAGUCAUGGACGAUUCUUCGAAGUGCAUUCUUGAUGGGAAAACUGCUUCAAAGUACAAUGCAAUGAUUUAUGAAGCACUUUCAACCCUGAAGGAGCCAAAUGGAUCAGAUACUAGUGCACUUGUUAGUUUUAUUGAGCAAAGGCAUGAGGUGCCCCAGAACUUUAGAAGGUUAUUGAGUUCUAGACUAAGAAGGCUUGUUGCACAAGACAAGCUUGAAAAGGUCCAGAAUUGCUGCUACAAGAUUAAGAAGGACGUCUUGCUCAGUACAAAAACACCUACCCCGAAACAGAAAGAUAUCCGACCAAGACAAAUACAAACCAGUUGUUAUCUCGGGGAUACAGUUGAAGAUGCAUCAGUUGCUGCUGCCUACAAGAUUGCAGAAGCAGAAAACAAAUCAUUUGUAGCAGCUGAAGCAGUUAAGGAGGCAGAGAGGGUUUCAAAGAUGGCUGAAGAGACAGAUUCAGUGCUAGUGUUGGCAAAAGAGAUCUUGGAAAGAUGUUCGCGUGGUGAAAUUGUGCUAAUGGCAUAGGACACGGAUGCACAUCUUAUUCAAGGAACCUCUUCUUUAGAAUCCUGUAAAUUUAAUAUCCCGUGCUUGCUUUAUUUUCUUCACUGUAAUAAAGUAUAACAGGCUGGUUUUGCGUUAAUUAUUAAAUUUUAUAUAACCUAUCAAAUGGACAUUGUGAUAAGGUAAAUUAUGGGAGUGUUUUAUUCUGUA